GUUCAACCGGGCAGUGGUCUUCUUCCACGUGAUUUUGCCAAGGAUUCACAAAAGCCAAAAUCGAGAUUCCGCUUCGGCCUUGGCAUGGCACACAAUCGCUGGACCGCACCUGCCGAUGCACUUUAGAACGUCGAACUCGAUUAUUGAGAAACUUGUUGUUUGACCAACGACAAAAAAACCAACAACUCUCGCCAAUUUCUGCGAUUUCAAUCCCCAUCGACUCUUUGCAGCUGAUCUGGGGGCAAGAUGUCGACAUUCGAGCCUGUCGUAAGUGCCGCCCAAGGACUCCCAAGGUUAUGCGAAGCAGGAUGCGCAAUGGUGGUUUGGAAAGGACCGCACAAUGGCUGACACGGGCUUUGAUCAGGUUGUCAUCGACGGCAAGGGACACUUGCUCGGUCGUCUCGCCAGCACAGUCGCAAAGCAGCUCUUGAACGGCCAGAAGAUCGUCGUGGUCCGAUGCGAGGCUCUCAACAUCUCUGGCGAAUUCUUCCGUGCUAAGCUGAAGUACCAUGCCUACCUCCGAAAGAUCACUCGAUUCAACCCAACCCGAGGCGGUCCAUUCCACUUCCGCGCACCAGCCCGCAUUUUCUACAAGACCGUCCGCGGCAUGAUGCCACACAAGACCGCACGAGGUGCCGCCGCUCUGGAAAGACUGAAGGUCUUCGAGGGUGUCCCUCCCCCAUACGACAAGAAGCAGCGCAUGGUUGUGCCCCAAGCUCUGCGGAUCCUCAGAUUAAAGCCUGGCCGCAAGUAUUGCACAGUUGGCCGAUUGGCUCACGAGGUGGGCUGGAAAUACCAGGACGUUGUUGCUAGACUCGAGGAGAGGAGAAAAGUCAAGGGUGCCGCAUACUACGAGCGCAAGAAGAUCGCCAGAAGACAAAACGCCGAAGCGACCAAGUCGUCGAGCGACUCGAAGACCAAGGAGAAGUUGGCCGCUCUCGGCUACUAG